AUGCGUAUAAACCGAACAUUUCUGUCCAGUGUCGUUGUUUGCUCGACAAUUCUGUUCGUUGUUCUCAGGUCAAAAUCGACAGUAGAAUUCGCAGACAAGUCGAGGAACGACAUAGAAAAACGUUACGCGACGGAACAACAAAUCAGUAAUGGCCAGCAGACAUACCGAUACGUUACGCCUUCUCUUGCGGAACUGGGUGCUCGUAGAAGUUUGCCUAAAAUGAACAAACAUAUCUUGAUGUUGACGCGCAUACCCAAUGCUGGAGGUGAACUCCUGGUCCUGAUUUUGCAGCGUUUACAGGGGUACAAUGCUUUUAAACAUAUACGUUUGCCACCUGGUGAUCAUGGACUUUUGUCAUCUUUGCAAGAGGAAUUGCUAGUGGAGGAAAUUACGAAUAUCAUCAGACAAGAAGCGAUACCAUUAACAUUUGACGGAGAUGUUAGGUUUUUAAAUUUUUCCAAGUUCGGCCGACAGCCACCAUCGUUUAUUUCUCUAGUGAGAAAUCCUCUGCACGUUCAAAAUGUACAGAGGUACCAUGAAAAACUGAAAACUGAUGUCGAAGGUAGAGCCAUACCUACAUUUUGCGGACAAGAUCCACGGUGUACAGAGAUAAAUAAUAAAUGGGCACUGCAACGGGCUAAAGCAAAUAUUGUUGAAGAGUAUCCUGUUGUGGGUAUUCUAGAUUGCAUGGAGCAAUCGAUGAACGUGUUGGAACAUAAAUUCCCAUAUUUUUUCCGCGGUGCUAGAGACAUUUAUAAAAAGAUUCGGCCGAAAAAAGAGUACGUUUCUGAUAUGUCGCUUGCACUAGAACCACACGAUAAAGAUAUUCUUCUGAAACUCUUUGAAGAUGAGGUAGAAUUGUAUUACUGGCUAAAAUCUCGACUUUUCAACGAAACAGUGAACAACCUUACGUAA